AUGCGCGCCGCCAGCAUCCGGCAGCCGUGCGGAGCCGCCGCCGGGCUCUCCCCGGCGUGGUUCGUCCUAGUUAUGGCUCCGGACUCGGGGCCCUGCCCUGACGGACAACUCUUGAAGCUGCUGCCGGUGGAUCCCCGGGACCGGGGCACCCAGCGCUGCCGCUUGGGCCCGGCCGCCCUCCGCAGCCUGGGCGUGCGCCUGGGCUCGCCGCUGCGGAUCUCGUUGGCGGACGGCGGCUACUGCCUGUGCACGGCGUGGCCGCGGCGCGACGGGGCGGACGGCUUUGUGCAGCUGGACCCGCAGUGCGCGAGCCCCGGGGCCGCGGCGGCGGGGGCGGCGGGGAGGCUCAGUCUGGACCGCCUGCAGCCGGUGCCGUGUCCUCCCCUGCGGCGCCUGGCGGUGUGGCCGGAGCUGCGGCCGCAGGCGGGAGCCCCGAGCCCCGCCGCGGUGCUGGAGGUAGCGCACGAGCUGCUGCGCCACCGGCCGGUGUCGCGGGGACACGUGCUGGCCACCGCGCCGGGCGUCCCGGGCCCGGUGGCGGCGCUGCACGUGGUGGGCGGGACGCCGGACCCGGAGCCGGCCGGCUGGGUCACGCCGCACACCCGCAUCACGCUGGGCGACAAGCCGCCGCCCCAGGUCGAGCCCCCCGGGGAGGUGACCCUCGGGGGGCUGUCGGAGACGGCCGACUCCCUGCGGGAGCUGCUCCUCCUGCCGCUGCGCUACCCGCUCGCCCUAAGCGCGCUGGGGCUGGCGGUGCCCCGCGGGGUGCUCCUGGCAGGACCCCCGGGGGUGGGCAAGACCCAGCUGGUGCGAGCCGUGGCGCGCGAGGCGGGCGCCGAGCUGCUGGCGGUGAGCGCCCCGGCGCUGCAGGGCUCCCGGCCGGGGGAGACCGAGGAGAACGUUCGGCGCGUCUUCCAGCGCGCCCGGGAGCUGGCCAGCCGCGGCCCCAGCCUCCUCUUUCUGGACGAAGUGGACGCCCUCUGCCCCCGGAGGGCCACCUCCCAGCGGGCUCCCGAGGGCCGCGUGGUGGCCCAGGUGUUGACGCUGCUGGACGGCAUCCACGGAGACCGAGAGGUGGUGGUUGUGGGAGCCACCAACCGGCCGGACGAGUUAGACCCAGCGCUGCGCAGGCCGGGAAGGUUUGACCGAGAGGUCAUCAUCGGGGCUCCCACACUUAAACAGAGAGAGGCCAUUCUGCGAGCGAUUACUUCAAAGAUGCCCAUCGCCAGUCAUACUGAUAUGGGUCUCCUGGCAGAGAUGACCGUUGGCUAUGUCGGUGCUGACCUCACAGCCCUUUGUAGGGAGGCUGCCAUGUGUGCACUUCUCAGGAAUGAGAAGAACCAAAACAGCCCCAAGAUUGAGGAAACAGACUUUCUUGAGGCUUUUAAAAAGAUUCAGCCCUCAUCAUUUCGAAGUUCCAUUGGACGGAUGGACGUCAAGCCUGUUGGCUGGGAACAGAUAGGUGGACUUGAAGAUGUAAAGCUGAAGUUAAAGCAGUGUGUUGAGUGGCCCCUGAAGUUCCCUCAGGAGUUCAUUAGGAUGGGUCUGACACAGCCAAAGGGCCUUCUCCUCUACGGUCCUCCUGGGUGUGCUAAAACCACCCUGGUGAGGGCCCUGGCCACCAGCUGCCACUGUUCCUUCGUGUCAGUGAGCGGAGCUGACCUCUUUUCACCGUUUGUUGGAGAUUCAGAGAAAGUCUUGUCUCAGGUAUUUCGACAAGCAAGAGCCAAUACUCCAGCGCUUGUGUUUUUGGAUGAAAUUGACUCAGUGUUGGGGUCUCGCUCAGUCGGCACCUUGGGAUGUGAUGCUCGGGAGCGGGUUCUCUCAGCUCUGCUGAAUGAACUCGAUGGUGUGGGAGUUAGGACGGUAGAGAGAAGAGGGAGUAAAUCAAACCAACAGGAGUGUCAAGAAAUUCUCAAUCGAAGCGUCAUGAUUGUUGUGGCAACAAAUAGGCCGGAGGUGCUGGAUGAUGCCCUGCUACGACCUGGAAGAUUAGACGCCAUGAUUUAUGUGCCCCCUCCCGAUCAACAGGGUAGGCUUUCUAUUUUAAAAGUCUGUACAAACAACAUGCCUGUAGGACCUGAUGUUUCACUGGAAAACCUAGCAGCAGAAACCUGUUUUUUCUCUGGAGCUGACCUUAGAAACCUCUGCAAAGAAGCUGCCUUGUUGGCUCUGCAAGAAAACGGACUGGAAGCCACCACAGUGAAACGGGAGCACUUCGUGCGGUCACUCAAGGCCGUGAAGCCAUCCUUAAGUGUGAAGGACCUGACUUUCUAUGAAAACUUAUUUAAGAAACGACUUCCCAACUUGGAAAAUCAUUAAAUUUUUAUUUUAAUCAGUUUUUUACAUGAAUUGGGAUGUGAACCUGACUGUGGUUGCAACUUCAUACUUUCAUGAGAUGGAGGGAGGGAGGAAGAGAAGAAGGGAGAGAGAGACAGAGAGACUGAUAAACUUGGCCUGAUAAGGACCAUCUUACUUCUAAACACCAUAAUGAAAAGCGUGGCUGUGACUUUGUUAGGUAAUUACUUUUGGUUGAUCGCUUUUUGUGACUUUGAAGUCUGUCACGAUGGCAGAAAAGUUGCAGGAUAGAAGAGGGGACUUCGGCUUUCCCUGGCCCAGAUUCUCCACUCUAGCAUUUUGUCUCAUUUGUUUCCCCCCUCCCUGCAUGCGGUUGCUCACACACACAUUGUUUUCUGAACUGUUUGAGACUAGAAUGCAGUCAUGCAUUCACCGCUCAGUGUUGGAUACGACACUGAGAAGUGUGACAUUAGCUCUGUUGUGGAUGUCAUCACGUAUUAGUGUUGUUUUUCCAGCAAGACAGUGACAGCACUACCAGGUAAGAAAAUCUUGGGAGUUCACUGUCAUACAUGCCUCUCAAACAGCAUAUGGUGCGUGGUUGUCUGUACUCAGUGCUCCGGUAUAGCUAGGGUUGAGUGUGCGUGCUCACAAAUAACAUUGCCUUGGUUCGACAAGUCGCUCACAAGCUCGGGAAGUUUAGCAUCGUCAACAGUAUUUUAAUGUAUUCAGUGGAUUUCUCUUUGUCCCAGUUAUGUCCUGUGUGGGCAUCUUUUUCUGUCAGGUGAUCUACACAUUGAGUUUAGUUGUCAACAUGUUUUAACUUGGGAACAGUUGUCAGUGUUUCUUGGCCUCAAUAUCUUUGAAAAACAGACCAGUUUUUGUUUUGUUUUGUUUUGUUUUGUUUUGUAGAACGGUCAGCCCCAGGGUUUGUGUUUGUCAAUGUGGGUGGCUCCAUUCUCCGUAUCUCGGGCUGGAGGCGUGGGCUCUCCGCAUUGUUGGUGAUGCUCAUUCUUUUCAUUCCGUAUUGUUUGGUUUCUUUGUUGUACCCUUAUCUUUUCCCUUUUGUAAGUAUAAGUAACUUGAGGCAAUAGAUUUGUCUGUGUUUGUAUUUUUAUAGAAGCAAUUAAGAAUUAAAAAAACCUGUUUGGUAUUGAA